AUGAUCGAACCCCACGUCUCCAUCGUCUGCGCCUGCCUGCCCACCCUGCGCCUCUUCAUCAUCAAGCUAUUCCCGAUCCUGCGCAGCGACAACGGGUACUCGGCCAGCCAGAACGGCGACACAGGCUACGCCGCCAGCAGCCAGAAGCGCGGCGGCAACACCAGCCCCUGGGUCGGGGUCGGCAGCGUGCCCGGGAAGUCCGAUGGCGCCAUCCACAUGAAUGCCAUCCAUCGCAUACAUUCGUCCGACGGGAGCGAGGAGGAUACCCUCACCGGCGUGGCGACGGGCGACUCCUCUGACAGCGGUAGCAGUAGACGGGGCAGCGAUGGGAGGGGUAGGAGCAUCCCGAAGACCAUCGAGCAUAGCGUCGAGUACUCGAACGACGAUUAA